UUAGUUUUUUAGAUGUGGCGUCUUUAUAAAUUUUUUAAAAUUAAGAGUUCUUAGUUAUUUAUUUAUUUUGUUUUUAAAAUAUAUACCCUCUAGCUGCUCUCCCCACUCUCGAUCUCUCCGUCGCCGUCGCCGUACUGUCUCUGUCUCCGUCGUUGCACCGUCUCUCCAUCUUCGUCCGCCGUUCGUUAAUCGUCUAUCCGCUUGUUGCUCGUCCAUCCGGCCACUUAGAUCCAGUUUCCACUUGCCACUGCAUGUUUGGCCGCUUUCCCUUGCCAUCGCCUGCCACCACACUCCAGGGUUUGGAAGAUUAAUGGUCAUUGCUUCACAUCUGACUGUUUCUAAGGCUUUGAAUUUUGGUACAAUAGCAGACUAGCAGUAUAAAGGCCUUGGCAUAUUUGCAUCUACAGAAUUUUGGGACAGUAGCUGUAACAAGGUCAUUGAAUAUACAAUUGAAGUAUCCUUCAAAGGGCUUUAUUAGGUCUAUUCAAAUGGCAAAUAUCCCUGGCUUUAAGUCAACUGGCAGCAGUGGCUCAAGAGGUGCAUUGAUUGUUCUAGAAGGCUUAGAUCGCUGUGGAAAAACAACACAAUCUAGUAGUCUACACAAGUACUUGGAAGGAUUGGGGCAUUCAGCUGAAUUAUGGCGAUUCCCAGACAGAACAACAAGUGUGGGGCAAAUGAUAUCAUCCUAUCUUUCCAAUGAAUCUCAACUUGAUGAUCAUGCUAUACAUCUUCUUUUCAGUGCCAACCGUUGGGAGAAGAGAUCCUUGAUGGAAAGUAAACUGAAAUCUGGAACCACCAUCAUUGUUGACCGGUAUUCUUAUUCUGGGGUGGCUUUCUCUUCUGCCAAAGGACUAGAUUUUGAGUGGUGUAAGGCUCCAGAAAAAGGGUUAUUGGCUCCAGAUCUUGUAGUAUAUCUUGAUAUACCACCAGAGAAAGCCGCAGAAAGAGGAGGAUAUGGAGGAGAGAGGUAUGAACAGCUGGAGUUUCAGAAGAAAGUUAGGCAAUGUUACCAGGCUCUCCAUGAUGCUUCUUGGAAGAUAAUAGAUGCAUGUGGAUCAGUAAAAGAUAUUGAGAAGCAGCUGCAGGAGAUAGUUUUAGAGAGUAUUGGUACAUGCCAGAAAGAGAAACCCCUAACAUGUCUCUGGUCAUCCUAAUUUUUAUUUUUGCCCUUUAAUGAAAUAUAUGUUAAGCCCGAGUUCUACCAUUUUUCAAGGUUAAGAGUUGAGCAGUCUGCUUUGAUUAUAUAAAUAUAUAUUAAAAAAAAUCUU